AUGGAACCCCUUUUCAACAUUCAAGUUGGACACACGGUAAAUUAUGAGACGCGUUUGCCUGUUGUUGAUUGUUCAACCUUGACUAUUGGUUCGGUUAGUUCGGGUUCGAACCUCAGGCUCGGAUGUACCCGAACCUCCGGAUGCAUUUGCUAUAAAUACCACCAAGCUUCGAUCAGACUGCUACGAAAUUGUCUGGAUCGUAGAGUUUUACUUUCAGAUAUUUUUGCUCCAAAUCUUAAAGGUAACUUCCUAUAUAUUCGUGAAAUCGUUGUGGAUGCGCCAUUGUUCGUCCCUGCUGCUGUUCGUCAGGUGGAGGAUUUCUCCCCAGAAUGGUGGCAACUGGUGACGACUUCAACUUGGUUUCAUGACUACUGGCUCAGCCAACAGCAGGGUGAAGAUGGUUUCUUUGGAAACACAUACACACCAGAUGCUUACGAUAGCAGUGAUAUUGCUGAUAUGCUUCCUGAUUCCAUUGACACCGAUGAAGACAUAUUAUCCAUGGAAGCACAAUACGAGCAGUUCCUCCUUUCUUUUGAAAUGGAAACAGCAAACGCAUUUUCCCCAAAUGCUUACAAGCAAAUGCCCAUAACUAGUUUGGAAGCAGAAGCCAAGUAUCCAAGAAAAGGAAGUGAAGUCGCUUAGGCCAACAAUCACAGUGAAUGUAAUUAGUUUUCCAGGUUUCUCUGGCCUUGCUUAAUUAAUUAGCUUUUUUCAGUUCUGCAUGUAUACAAAUAUAUAUUCACAAAAACUGUAGUAGGUAGUUGUCUUGUAUGUUUAUUGUAAGUUUCUGUAUAGAGCAAGGUUUUAAUUGUCUUUGUAUCUCUACCACCUAGCCUUGUUCAUACUCAUAUAUGCUGUUUCAACUAGCCAGGGAAACUAAAUGGAGAAGAAGUAAUUCAAGAAUCUGUUUUCUCCCUUUUUUUGGUCAUGUAAGUGGUUUGGUUUCAGUUGGUUUAAUUUCUAUGCAUAUAAAGAUUCCUAAGUCAUAAGUUUUUCUUCAAAUUAGUAAAAUUAUAAAAAUUAACUAAAGUGGAAAUUUGUCAACACUUGUCCAAGGUGUAUUUGAGAUUCAUAAAACACCCUGAAUCGGUUUAUUUGAAAAUGUUAACCUACAAUUCUAACUAUAUGAUUAAUGGAUAAAAAAAAUUGGGAGAAUUUGAUAUAUGUUAUUUUUAAAUAUUAAAAUAUCAUAUUUGUCAAACUUAAUAUUUUAAUAUCAUAUUUAUCCUUUAUAAACCUUUAAAAUAUUAUAUUUGCCUAAAUCAUUUUUAACAAUGUUUUUAAUAGUUUAUAAUCAUUUUUAUAUCUUAGAGCUAUUAUAAUAAUUUUAAAAUUUUAACCAUAUUAUCAUAUGUCUAUAAUCAUGGAAAAUCUACUUUUAAAUUGUUGGAAUGUUGCUCUUUUGACAUACAAAAUGUUUCUUCUUCAGCCUUCUUCAUUUAAUGUAUGUAUUGAUUGCUUAGUUUUUGUUGUUAAAUACUUUCAUUUUGUACAUAGAUGAU